AUGGUGUCAGAAGCGAGAGAACCAGGACCAAUCCUUGCCUACUACGACCCCAACAAAGAGCUCAGACUCCAAGUGGACGCGUCGAAGUAUGGACUAGGUGCAGUGCUACUGCAAGAAGGAAAGCCCAUCGGCUACGCUUCCAAAUCUCUCACAGACUGUGAAAUCAACUACGCUCAAAUUGAAAAGGAGCUCUACGCCAUUCUGUUCGGAUACCGACCCUGGCAGGUCGUGGCAACCGAUCUGUUCACCUGGAACAACGAGGACUACAUCGUAACAGUGGACUACUACAGCAGAUACUUCGAACUCGACAAGUUUCACAGCACCACAUCUGCAGCUGUGAUACACAAGCUGAAAGCAGCCUUUGCCAGCACCGUUGUCCCCAGCCUCCCCUCCUCUCCAGGGGGCUGUGCUACUGGGGGACCGAGGGCACGGUCCUCCAGACAGGAGGUGGCGCUGUUCCAGACCCUGCAGGAGGCUCUGAGGGAGAUCGACCUGCCUGAAACACAGGACCUGCCACAGGGUAUGAGUCACUCUGAGAUGUGCAUCUGUGUUUUGGGAUCCCCACUCCCCUACCUCUCUCUGCUGUUAGAGGCAGGCCAACGGAGCCCAGGAGAUGCUCUCCUGUGUCUCUGUCCAUCCUGGCUCUCUCGCUCCUCCUCCCUCCUGGUCCACAAGGCUGUCACCUUUGACCUGGGAGGGCGCACUUUCCUAUCCAACUUCAACCCGCCUCGCAAGGUCACCUACUUCCUGUCAUCUGACCCUUGGGCUAAGGAGGAAAUGACCCGAGAGACAGACUGCCCAAGCGGAGGUUCUGGAGCACUGGGUCAGUUCUGGGGGAAUGUUCUGACCACCAGGGUUCUGCUGCAGAAGGCCAAGAUCCACUGCCCCCCAACCCUGGCCCUUCUGUUACCACCGGGGCAGAUGAGGCUGGAGGAGGGCAGGACAGGAGGGGUGGAGGUGGUGCACCUGGAAAUGGGGGCGGAGGAAGGGAUGAACUCUGUCCGAAACAAGGUGGACAGUUUCCUGGAGUCUGAGAAUAUGAGGGGAUCAGAGAGGGUGGUGCUCAGGUGCAGUGGGGGGAGGUUCGUGGGCGAGGCAACCUCACCCCCUGUCUACCUGUCCAGGAACAGCAGGGAUGAGGUCUGGGCCAAGGUGAGUUAUCUCCUUCCCCAGCUCCUCCCUGGCGAGGCAGUGCUGCUGGAGGCCUACUGCUCCCCACUGAAGCCUGGGCCACGGGUAGAGGACCGCACCUGGGAACAGUACACCGACUGCAGGCCUCAGGUUCCAGACCUGUCCUUCAGACUGUGUGCCAUAGUAACUCGCUCACCUCUGGACCUGCCUCUCCUCUACAAGGUGAGAGUAAGAGAGACAGAGAACGAGAGAGAACGAGGCGUGGACCUCCUUUUCACCAUGGAUGGCUCCAUCAUCAGGCCUGUUAUUUUGGGCCUACAUCCCUCCCUCUGUCUUCACUCCUCCUUCCAAGAGCGAGGGAUGGGGAUGGAGGGAUGCGACAGUGGGAUAGAGGGGUGGAGUAGGGGCACCCUCCUCCUCACCCCCCUCACCCGCUCCCAGUACUACCUGAUGCAGGGGAAAACUGUGCUGGUGGUGGGAGCUGGAGGACACAGUAAGAGGUUCAUCUGGAAAACAGCCAAACAGUACAAACUCAAGAUCCUGCUCGUGGACAGUGACUCUGCCCACUUCGCCUCCCAGUUGGUCGACCACUUCCUCCCCCUGCCAGACCUCCCCGACCAUCGGCGUGACGACCAGCACUGCUCCCGCAUCUGUGAUUGGCUGUUGUCCUCCAGCCUCCGCCCUGACGGCUGCGUGUGCUUCUGGGACGAAUGCGUGGUGCUGACAUCGCUGGUCUGUGAUAGGCUGGGGCUUAGGGGGCCUCCCCCUGAGGCCAUCCGCAUUGCGAAGGAGAAGAGCCGCACCCACAGGCACCUCUUGGGCCCUCCUCUCCUCUCUCCCUCCCCAUCCUCCUAUGCUGUUCCCUGUAUCCACGUGGAGAGCACCCUGGAUCUGGAGAAGGCAGCCAGUGGGGGGGAGGGGGGGCCUGGUGGGGCCAGUGUGGGGGUGGUGAGAUUCCCAGCGGUGAUGAAGCUGGAGUACGGCGCGGGGGCGGUGGGCGUGAGGAAGGUAGGAUCUCUGGAGGAAAGUCUGGCACACUUUGAGAGGAUCGCCGGGGACCUCCGCGAGGAGACAGACUACCCCGGCAUCGGCCUGGGCUGGGGCAACGCCAUGAUCCUAAUGGAGUACGUGGGAGGCACCGAGCACGACGUGGACGUGGUCAUGUUCGACGGGAGACUGGAGGGCGCCUUCGUGUCCGACAACGGCCCCACGCGCACCCCGGCCUUCACCGAGACGGCCGCCCAGAUGCCCUCGGGGCUGGCGCCGGACAAGCGUGCUCAGCUGAUCCGCGCGGCACACCACGCAUGCCUGGGCUGUGGCCUGCGAGACGGCGUGUUCAACGUGGAGCUGAAGAUGACAGAAGUGGGCCCGAGGCUCAUCGAGAUCAACGCCCGCAUGGGCGGCUUCUACCUGUGCGACUGGAUCCGCCAGCUGUACGGCGUGGACCUCCUGAUGGCCGCCUUCAUGGUGUCCUGUGGGGUGCGUCCCUGCCUGCCCUCGGCCACAGCCCUCCCAGCCAGAGGCCACUUUGCUGGGGUGAUGGUGGUGGUGUCACGGCACCUCCAGGCCCUGAAGACGACAGCCAGCCCUGAGCGCCUGAGAGGGCUCCACCAGGAGGGUGCGUUGUGGCUGAACGAGCUGGCAGAGGAGGAUGAACUGAUCUCUGGUGAGUACGAGGAGCCCUUCUGUAAUGUCGGGGUGAGAGAUGCCCACAAUGCCACCAACGCUCGCCAGCGCCUCCUCGCCCUCUGCCAAGGGCUGGGCCUGCACUGUCCUCCACGCUACGACCUGGGCUACUUCCUGUCCCAUUUCAACUAG